GUACCACCACGUCGCCUCUCGCGAUAGCUACGUAGCCCAGUGCCAAGGAAGCGUGGGGUUUCAUUGAGGUUCGCCAGAUUUGGUCUUCAAAAGUUUUCUUAAAAUGACGGAACGAAAAGGAACUGCUAAGCUCGAUUAUCUGAGAAAGAUCGAGGAAGAAAUUCAGCAAAAAUGGGAUGAAGCGAAAGUAUUUGAAAGCAAUGCCCCGACUACACUUGGGGAGUGUAAAGACAAGAAGAAAUACUUUGUCACCUUUCCAUACCCGUACAUGAAUGGAAGAUUACAUCUUGGACACACAUUCUGCCUCUCUAAGUGUGAGUUUGCUGUUGGAUACCAGCGCUUGAAAGGUAAACAAUGCCUGUUUCCUUUUGGACUUCACUGCACUGGGAUGCCCAUCAAGGCUUGUGCAGACAAACUGAAGAGAGAGAUGGAGCUGUAUGGGAACCCACCCCAGUUUCCUGAUGAGGAGGAAGAGCAAGAAGAGAAGCCCCAAGUGGCAGAUGAAUUCAUAAUUAAGGACAAGUCUAAAGGGAAAAAGAGCAAAGCAGUAGCCAAGGCUGGCAGCUCCAAGUUCCAGUGGGACAUCAUGAAAUCCCUGGGCCUGUGCGACGGGGAGAUCGUCAAGUUCGCUGAUGCUGAGCACUGGCUGGAGUACUUCCCACCCCUCGCCGUGAAGGACCUGCAGAUGAUGGGAGUUAAGGUGGAUUGGCGUCGCUCAUUCAUCACGACCGACGUGAAUCCUUUCUAUGACUCAUUUGUGAGGUGGCACUUCAUGACUUUGAAAGAGAGGAAAAAGAUCAAGUUUGGGAAGAGAUACACCAUCUACUCACCCAAAGAUGGUCAGCCAUGUAUGGACCAUGACAGACAGACAGGAGAGGGAGUGGCUCCACAGGAGUACACGCUGAUUAAGAUGAAGGUGGUUGAUCCUCUCCCAGCAAAACUUAGCGCCCUCAAAGGCAAGAAUAUCUUCCUGGUGGCAGCGACCCUCCGGCCUGAGACCAUGUUUGGCCAGACAAACUGCUGGGUGCGGCCUGACAUGAAGUAUGUGGCCUUUGAGACGGCCGGUGGGGAGAUGUUCAUCUCCACACUGAGAUCCGCCAGGAACAUGUCGUACCAGGGCUUCACCAGAGAGAACGGAGUGGUGCCCGUCGCCAUGGAGCUCCUGGGUCAGGAUAUUCUGGGAAGUUCUCUCAGUGCUCCGCUCACGUCUUACAAGGUCAUCUAUGCUCUGCCCAUGCUCACCAUCAAAGAGGACAAAGGCACAGGAAUUGUCACCAGUGUUCCAUCUGAUGCUCCUGAUGACAUCGCCGCCCUGAGAGACCUAAAAAAGAAACAGCCAUUGAGAGAAAAGUAUGGAAUUGAAGACAAGAUGGUCCUGCCUUUUGAACCGGUUCCCAUCAUUGAAAUCCCUGGGUACGGGAACCUGUCUGCUCCGCUGGUCGUCGAUGAACUGAAGAUCCAGAGUCAGAACGACAGGGAGAAGUUGGCUGAGGCCAAGGAGAGGGUCUACCUCAAGGGCUUCUAUGAGGGGAUUAUGCUGGUGGAGGGAUACAAGGGGCAGAAGGUCCAGGAUGUGAAGAAGCCAAUUCAGAAGAUGAUGGUUGAAAAGGGUGAUGCCUUGAUCUACAUGGAGCCAGAGAAGCAGGUGAUGUCACGGUCAGCAGACGAGUGUGUGGUGGCGCUCUGUGACCAAUGGUAUCUUGAUUAUGGUAAUGAGGAGUGGAAGCAGCAGGCUAUGAAUUGUUUGAAGCCCAUGGAGACGUUCUGUGAUGAGACCCGAAAGAACUUUGAGGCCACGCUAGCCUGGCUCCAGGACCACGCUUGCUCCCGCACCUACGGUCUCGGAACCCGGUUGCCGUGGGACGAACAGUGGCUGAUUGAGUCCCUGUCAGACUCCACCAUCUACAUGGCCUACUACACGGUGGCACACUUCCUCCAGGGAGGGGUACUCAGCGGCCAAGGACCCUCUCCCCUGGGCAUCAGGCCUGAGCAGAUGACCAGGGAGGUUUGGGACUUCAUCUUCUUCAAAAAUUCCCCCGUCCCCAAAACAGGCAUCCCCAAGGAGCAUCUUCAGAAGCUGCGGCGGGAGUUUGAGUAUUGGUACCCUGUGGACGUCCGUGUGUCUGGGAAGGACCUGGUGCCCAACCACUUGUCAUACUAUUUGUACAACCACGUAGCCAUGUGGCCCAAUGACAGUCAGAAGUGGCCCCAGGCUGUUAGAGCCAAUGGACACCUCUUGCUUAACUCCGAGAAGAUGUCAAAGUCAACGGGAAACUUCCUCACCCUGAGCCAGGCGGUCAGCAAGUUCUCAGCAGACGGUAUGAGGAUGGCCCUGGCAGAUGCCGGUGACACAGUAGAAGAUGCCAACUUUGUGGAGGCCAUGGCUGACGCUGGCAUCCUGCGUCUCUACACCUGGGUGGAGUGGGUGAAGGAGAUGAUCGCCAACCAGAACAACCUGCGCCUCGGACCAGCCGACUCCUUCAAUGACCGCGUGUUUGCCAGUGAGAUAAAUGCGGGGAUCCUGCGUACAGAGCAGCACUAUGAGAGGAUGAUGUACAAGGAGGCCCUGAAGACUGGCUUCUUUGAGUUUCAGGCUGCUAAGGAUAAAUACCGUGAGCUGGCGAUAGAGGGGAUGCACCGUGACCUUGUGUUCCUGUUCAUUGAGAGGCAGACCCUGCUGCUGGCUCCCAUCUGCCCACACUUGUGUGAAUACACUUGGUCACUCCUGGGCAAGACCACAUCCCUGAUGAAGGCCUCCUGGCCUGUUGCAGGUCCAGUUGAUGAGGUUCUGAUCCGAUCUUCCCAGUAUCUCAUGGAGACGGCCCACGAAAUGCGUCUCCGCCUCAAAGCCUACCUUGCGCCGCCCAAGAGCAAGAAGGGAGACACCAAGCCUCCAGGAAAACCCUCACAUUGCACAGUGUACGUGGCCAAGUGUUAUCCACCGUGGCAGCAAAACGCCCUCUCUCUGCUAGGCAAGCAUCACAAGAGCAGUAACGGGAUCCUGCCUGAUAAUAAGGUGAUUGCAAUGGAACUGGGGGCCAUGCCAGAGCUCAAGAAGUACAUGAAGAGGGCCAUGUCUUUCGUCGCCAUGAUGAAGGAAAACCUGGAGAAGAACGGCCCGCGCGUGUUGGACCUGGAGCUGGAGUUUGAUGAGCGUGCAGUUCUCCUGGAGAACAUUGUUUAUCUGACAAACUCACUGGAGUUGGAUCAGAUAGACCUUGUGUUUGCCUCCGAAGCAGACGACAAAAUAAGAGAGGACUGUUGCCCGGGGAAGCCUUUCAGCGUCUUCAGGUCUGAGCCUGGCGUGGCCGUGUCCUUGGUGAACCCGCAGCCUGCCAACGGCCUCUUCACCACCCGGAUCGACAUCCGCCAGGGAGACAGCCGGGACAGCAUCAUCCGUCGGCUGGCCAAGGUCAAUCGCUUCAUCAAAGAUCUGUCCAAGGUGAAGCUGAUGCGGUAUGAGGACCCGGCCCUGGGCCCGCGGCGGGUGCCCGUCAUGGGCCGCGAGGAGCAGGGCAAGCUGCCCGUCUCCGACAAGUCCACCUUCCACAUCAGCCUGGAGGACAAGAAGGUUCACCUGACUGACAACGGCCUUAAAGUGGACAUUGGGGACACGCUGGUGUACCUGGUUCAAUGAAGGCGUGGGGGGCGGUGCUCUCAGGACGUACCUGAAUAAGAUACAGCGGUCUGGGACUCUCUUAUGAUCUAUUUUGUAAAUGAAUGACACAGUUAUCCUUGUCCUCUCUGUCCAUUUUGUUUGUUUGUUUUUCACCUAACUGGGAUGGGAGAAUAGGAAUCAACUGUCCACUUUGUCUUGCCAUUCAGAGAGUCUCACUGGCUUCGGCGGCGGACAGCCUCUAUUCAGUGAGAUUAGCCUAGCAUUUGCCAGCUAGCUCUGCUUAUGCAGAAUCUGCACUGUUUGGAGCAGCAGUCCACUGCUUAUUGCUGCCAGGAACGCUAAUCUCUCCCGGUUUUUCUUUUUUCUUUUGUUCUUUUGGCAUUUUCCAAGCACAGUUGUCAUUGCACAAUUUGUAUGUUAACCCCAGCACCAAAUAAAUGAAUAAUCCACAAUGGACAGAUAAGUAUAUGAUGACAAUUAAAAGAAACUGUACCAUUCUCAAA